AACCCCAAACCAGUGUGGAUCUAGUCUCAUAUUGAUCAUGACAAUCUGCGGUAGCUUUUUAUUCAUCAGAGACUCCAGUGUCGUACCUGUCCUCGGGAUCUAAUCGGCAAGAAGAGGACAUCUGACUCGGGCAACAUGGGCAACCAGGAAGCUAAGCAAAAAAAAUCUGCAGCGGCAUCUGGUAAUGGUGGCUACCCUUCGCUGGAAGAAGGAUGGAGCGAAGGAGGAGGGGACAUGACAAGACGGGGUGGAAAGAAACAACACGGUAAGAGUGAAGGUAAAGGGGCAAGCAGCAGAGGAGGAGGAGGUGGAAGAACGCAUAGCGCAGGUGCAGGCAAGAAGAAAAACAAAUUUGAGUCCAAGCCCUCUGUUUUUUCUAUCCGCAAGAAAAAGGCUCUUCACGUAGAUGAGCUUGGACAAUCAGAUUCGGAAACGGGCGUCCUGAAAGGUGAGCAAAAGCCAUGCAAUGGAGCAGCAGCAGAGGAUGGAAGACAGAAGGCUGGAAGUUCUGGAUCUGACACGGAUAUUUACAGCUAUCACUCAGCAGCAGAACAUGAUGAUUUGCUCGCAGACAUCCAGCUUGCUAUCAAGCUCCAACAACGUGACACGGUUGAGGUCAAGAAAGCGCUGAGUAACGGAGUUGUUGAAUUACCCCCCACUGAAAGACUUGACCUGACACCCGAGUUGGAACUUGGAUCAGAUGCGCUAUCUUUCCUGGAGGGAGGAACCCUCUCAGAUACAGACCAGCUUACCGACAAACCACAAUUGUCUUCCCUCAGAGAGGAAUCCAAGAAAGAUGGGAGGAAGGAAACGGAGGGUGGUCCAGAGGCGCCAAAGUCCUCCGCUAGUGUUGCUGAAGUUCCAGAAAAGCAGCACGCCGAGAUGUCGCAAUCCCUGCCCGCAGCCAUGGCGACGCUCAACCCAUUUACCAUGGCAACCGGCAGUAGCAACUUCGCCCACACACUGGAGCCGGAAGCAGGAGACGAAAAGCACAUUGAGGAGCCUCAUGCCAAUGGAGCUCAAGAGAACCAGGAGAAAAGCAACGCUGCCAUGGUCGGAAUGAUUUCAGGGAAUACGUUUGAAGAAGUCACGAGUGCUGCCGAGUCACUUGAAGAUUGCACGAGCAUUGUAUCAGAAAGUAAUCACGUAGCUUCUGCUGGAAGCAUCGCUUCCCCCUCCAGGAGGAACAGUGUUUGCUUGACACCUUCCCAAGGAAGCCCCACGUUAGCCAAACACAUUCACAGGUCCGGUAAGGCUGCUUCUCCGUCAAACCCCGUGGUGAAACCGUACCCUCCUGUCUUCGCUUCAUACAUCAAGACCACCACCAGACAACUCAGCUCGCCAGGACAUUCACCGGCUCUGUCUCCUUCCAUCAGUCCCAUGUCGCCGAGAAGAGAUCAUCAACAUUUCCGAAGGAUGAUGGUUGGUGACCAUCAAGUCCCAAGGAAGUGCUCCUCAAGCAAUGCUGCUCAUCUGAGUCGCUCAGCUGACUGGACGGACGAGUUUGAGAGGAGAAUGAGGUGCAAGCUCAACUCUGGGGAUCUACUAGACUACAGGUGCAGAGGUGGAGGAAGCCAACCCAUUUGUGCCACUUCCUGUGGACAAGUUGCCUUCCAAGAUGUUUUCACAGGUAGAACUCUCCUGGAGAAAGUGUUCCUUCAACAACAGCAGCAGGAGGAGCCAGAAGAGGCUGAGAGGCUCUGCUCCAGAAUAUUAGCCAUGGGUCUUCUUCUGCCUUUCACCGACUGCUUCAGACAGCAACUCGGAGCAAAUCCUUCUCAUAUUGGAUCGUCCAAGUUUCACCAUGACCAGCUCUACACAUGGACCACUGUUAAUCAGCCAACUAUUUCCCUUGAUCAUCUCGAGGGUAAGCAACCGGGUCAUUUGAAAGACUGCAGGCCCAGUGGAGACAGAGCCACAGAUCCAGAAAAUCAUACAGGAAUCUUGGUUUUGAGGGAGCAACCAAAUGAGAGCCAGAUUUGUCAGGAGGAGGUUUUGCUGAAAACAGUGAAACUGAAGGAAAAACAUGUCAAUGUCAUCCAACAACUGGAGCAAACCAUUGAAGAUCUCAGGACAAAGAUUGCUGAGCUGGAGCGGCAGCCCCCUCUGCUGGACAGAGAUAUAGAAACAGAGCAAGAGGAAAUCUUUUUGAAGGAAGUGUGUGAUGCUCACUUUCAGACUGAAGCAGAUCCAUUUCUGUGCUCUCUGGAGGCAAAAUCUGUGCAAACAUCACCGAUGGAGGACAGCUUUAAGUUGAAAGUGCCUUACGCUGAGCCAAGUGGAACCAAUGGCUUCCCCAAACUCCCAUUUAUACAGUGUUCAUGUCAGCAGCAACCCCUGGCCACGCUUCCAGGUGGCCCAUCUCCUCCUUUACAAAUAGCAGUAGCUAAGCCGCCACCAGCUCCACCCUUACCAGCAGGUUCAAUGCUACCGCCACCUCCUCCACCUCCUCUCCCUGCUGGACCUCCUCUUCCUGGUGGAUCUGCUCCGCCACCACCACCUCCUCCUCCUCUCCCUGGUGGACCUGCUCCACCACCACCACCUCCUCCUCCUCUCCCUGGAGGAACUGCUCCACCACCACCACCACCACCUCCUCCUCCUCUCCCUGGAGGAACUGCUCCACCACCACCACCUCCUCCACCUCUCCCUGGUGGAUCUGCUCCACCACCACCACCUCCUCUCCCUGGCUGUGUUGCUCCACCCCCACCUCCUCCUCUCCCUGGUGGUGUUCCUCCACCCCCACCUCCUCCGCCCCAUCCCCGACCCCCUCCUCCACCUGGUAGCAUCUGCGUUCCUCCAGCUCCCCCAGGAAGUCUGGGCUCCUUGCCUCCUCCGCUGCCUUUGGGGCUAUACACUCUCGGCCUCACCCAAGAGAAAGCACCCAGGAAAGCAGUGGUGGAACCUCCCAGACCUAUGAAGCCAUUGUAUUGGACCAGAAUCCAGUUCCACACGAAAAAGGAAAUAUCAUCUGCAUCCGUGUGGGAGACGAUAGAGGAGCCUGAGGUGGACUUUGAGGAGUUUGUAGAGUUGUUCUCCAAAACGGCCGUCAAGGAGAAAAAGCAGCCACUCUCUGACACAAUCACCAAGUCCAAGGCCAAACAGGUUGUCAAGCUUCUAAGCAACAAAAGAUCACAGGCUGUAGGAAUCUUAAUGUCCUCGCUCCACCUUGACAUGAAAGACAUACAGCAUGCCGUCUUGAACUUGGACAACACAGUAGUUGACCUGGAGACCCUUCAAGCUCUUUAUGAAAAUAGAGCGUUGCCAGAGGAGCUGGACAAGAUUGAAAAACAUAUGAAAUCCACCAAAGACAAGGAGAAUGCAAAACCUCUGGACAAACCUGAACAGUUUCUCUACCAGCUGUCCCGGAUCCCCAGCUUUUCUGGUCGAGUAUUUUGCAUCCUCUUCCAGUCCAGCUUUUCGGAGUGCAUGUCAUCCAUCAUGAAGAAACUGGAUACGCUGCUGAAUGUAUGCAAGGUUUUACAGGACAGUGAAAAGGUGAAGCAGGUUCUAGGCCUGGUGCUGGCUUUUGGAAACUUCAUGAAUGGAGGAAAUCGCACAAGAGGUCAAGCGGAUGGCUUCAGUCUUGACAUCCUUCCCAAACUCAAGGAUGUCAAGAGCAGUGACAGCACGAGAAGUCUUCUGUCUUACAUCGUUGCAUAUUAUCUAAAGAAUUUUGAUGAGGAUGCUGGAAAAGACACUUGCGUUUACCCUCUCCCCGAGCCUCAUGAAUUAUUCCAGACUUCCCAGAUGAAAUUUGAAGACUUUCACAAAGAUCUCACUCGACUCAGAAAAGACCUUAGAUCAUGUACCUCAGAGGUGGAACGAGUGUGCAAAGCUUCCAUUGAAGAUAACCUCCAGCCUUUCAAGGACAACAUGGAGGGAUUUAUUUCGGAAGCUAAACAUGAACUUGAUGCAUUGGAAAGUCAUCUCAGCAGCACACAUAAACUAUUCCUGGAGAUCACACUAUUCUACUCAGUGAAGGCAAAGGGAGGAGAGAAAGAGGUUUCACCAAACACUAUUUUUUCUGUCUGGUAUGAGUUCUCCUCUGACUUUAAGGACCUGUGGAAGAAGGAAAACAAAUCCAUUCUAAAGGAAAGGUUAAAAGUAGCAGAGGAAUGUUUCCGACAAGCCAAAGAGCGGGCUUCCUACAGUGUCAAACCCAAACAUGCAACAGGGAUCAAAGCCAAGCUUGGCAUGAAGAUUUGACUCACUGGACUUACUUUUUUUUUUUCCCCGAUAAAUGAUGAUGGAUUUAACAGACAUCAGUGUUUUCACUCUGUUUUCCGGGAUGGCUAAUAUCAACUUGCUGAGAUGAUAAACAAGGAGGACAUUUCCUUGUGCUGGAUAAUAGAACAUUAUAGGCAGUCACAGGCAUUUCAAGAUUUUCAGGACAUUUGGGGAAAAGCCCCAAAAUGUACAAGAGGAAAAGACCCUAACAUCUAAAAUGAUGUGUCAGUGGGAAUCGCCACAGCUCAAAUGACAGUGUUGUCUAUUGCAGUAUCAAUUUCAUUGUUU